GCUGUCGCUCAACCUGACAGCCGCGCACGCCAUGGCGGAGGUGGGGACUUUCGGAGGAGCGCUCGACUUGGAUUUACAAAGUUUCCCCGCCUUCGGGAAUGUGGCCCUGCAGCCGGAGACCACCACUCCACCGGGCCUGAGCGAGCGCCUGGGUCAGAUAGAAGGGAGGCUCCAGCGGGGGUCGCCCACGGACUUUGGCCACCUCAAAGGCAUCCUGAGGCGGCGGCAGCUGUACUGCAGGACCGGCUUCCAGCUGGAGAUAUUCCCCAAUGGGACGGUGCAUGGGACCAGGCAGGACCACAGCAGGUUUGGAAUCCUGGAGUUCAUCAGCCUGGCAGUCGGUCUGGUCAGCAUCAGAGGCGUGGAUGUCGGACUCUACCUCGGCAUGAACGAGAAAGGAGAGCUCUAUGGGUCGAGGAAGCUGACGGCGGAGUGCGUGUUCCGGGAGCAGUUUGAGGAGAACUGGUACAACACGUACGCUUCCACCUUGUACAAGCACAACGACACGGGCCGCUUGUACUACGUGGCCUUGAACAAAGACGGCUCGCCCAGGGAGGGCAACAGGACUAAAAAGCACCAAAAACUGACCCACUUCUUACCCCGGCCGGUGGAGAUCGAGAAGAUCCCUCAGGCGUACAGGGACCUCUUCCAGUACAGGUGACCAGAGCUCGGGUUUACAAGGAGAGACGACCGCAGGGGGGAUGUUUGCUACAAAACUGUUUACCGUCAACGCUCCACUGAGGUCAUCGCCUCGGCUCGCUACCAAGCACUGAUGUAAACAUGUCUUGCAUCUGCAGCGAACUAAAAACCACUGAGGACGCUGGAAUCUGGUGCCACGUCUUCCCCCCUCCAAGCAAUAACCGGUUGCCUUUUUUGAGACCACUAAAGACACGGAAGGGUUCCUUCCAUACAUGACAGACAGAAGCACUACACACAGUUCACGGAGGAGGAGGCACAUUCCCACAUGGACGUAAAAGGGAGGGAGCGGCAUUCCUGUGACUGUCUGAGAUAGUCAGGUACUGAAGAUUGUCUGGAAAUGUCCUUACAAAAAAUGAUUUGAGAGCACUUAACUGCACAACCCAGCUUCCUAGAAAUCACAUUCAUGGCUUUUAAAAUGAGAUUUUAAGAGGCAGCGAAUGCAAAAAGCACUUCUCCAACCGUGCUUGUACAGUAGAGAUGCGCGGAUAGGCA